CAAAGAAAAGGCAAAUCCCAGUCUUCAUCUUCACUCAAACAAAUCAAACCUUCUCUCUCCCUCUCUCUAGAUCGAUCGAUUUGGUUUUCUUACAAAAAACCCAUAUCCGAAUAUCCUACUUCUUUCACAGGUAUACUUGAUUUGAGAAAUCUGUUGAUAUAUAGAGAGAGUACAUAUACAUAGCAAUGACAGAGAGCUGUAGUAGAAAGCUCAUGGUGGAAGUCUGCAAUGCCAAGAAUUUGAUGCCCAAGGAUGGCCAGGGAACGGCGAGCGCUUAUGUUAUAGUCGAUUUUGAUGGCCAGAGGCGGCGGACGAAGACCAAGUUCAGAGAUCUGAAUCCGGAGUGGGACGAGAAGCUGGAGUUUCUGGUUCAUGAUUUGGAUGCCAUGGCUACCGAAGUUUUAGAACUGAAUGUUUACAACGACAAGAAGACAGGAAAGAGAAGCACGUUUCUGGGUAAAGUCAAGAUCGCCGGCAGCGGCUUCGCGAAAUCUGGGUCGGAGACGUUGGUGUACUAUCCUCUGGAGAAGAGGAGCGUUUUCUCUCAGGUUAAAGGAGAGAUCGGACUGAAGGUUUGGUACGUGGACGAGAAUAUUCCUUCGGCGGCGCCGGAGGGGCAGGAACAGAAGUCGGAGGGUCCGCCGCCGCCUGCUGCUGAGGAAAAGCCGCCGGAGAAGGAAGAAGAAAAGAAGCCAGAGGAGGAGAAGAAGGAAGGUGACACGCCUGUGGAGGAAGGGAAGAAAGAGGAAAAGCAAGAAGAGGAAGCCAAACCGCCGGAGAACGUGAAAACAGAGGAGGCUCUGGCAGUGGCGGCCCCACCAGAGAAUCCCCCACUGGCUCAGUCUGAUAAGCCGAAUGAGGUGAAGGGCAAGGAGAUAGCCGGAAAACGGCCCGAUGUGGGCGUGCACGAGCUGGAACUCCGAUCUCUCGCCGGCGAUCGAAACCGCGGUUCCUACGACCUCGUUGAUAGAAUGCCGUUUCUAUUCGUUCGCGUCGUGAAGGUGAAACGAGCGAACCCAGAAGCCGAUUCAUCGGUUUACGCGAACCUGGUGAUUGGAACUCACAGUAUCAAAAGCAAGAGCCAAACCGACAAGGAUUGGGACCAAGUCUUCGCCUUCGACAAGGAAGGCCUCAACUCUACUUCCUUGGAGGUUUCCGUUUGGUCUGAGAAGAAAGGCCCUGACGGUAACGUUACCGAGAAUUCUCUAGGAAACGUUUCGUUCGAUUUGCAAGAAGUUCCGAAGAGAGUCCCGCCGGACAGUCCGCUCGCUCCCCAGUGGUACACUCUGGAAGGCAGUCCGGAGAAUUCAUCAGGAAAUGACGUCAUGCUCGCUGUCUGGAUCGGUACUCAGGCGGACGAGGCCUUCCAGGAGUCAUGGCAAUCGGAUUCCGGCGGGUUGAUUCCGGAGACCCGAGCCAACGUCUACCUCUCUCCGAAGCUGUGGUAUUUGCGACUAACGGUCAUCCAAACCCAAGAUCUCCAGCUAGAUUCGGGCACCCAGCCUAAGGUUAAGAACCCCGAAAUGUAUGUCAAGGCUCAGCUCGGCGCGCAGGUUUUCAAAACAAGCCGAACAAUCGUCGGCUCAUCCAGCUUGUCAUCAAACCCCACGUGGAACGAGGACCUCAUGUUCGUCGCAGCCGAGCCGUUUGAGCCGUUUCUGGUCAUAACAGUCGAAGACGUCUCCAACGCUCAAACCGUCGGCCAGGCUAAGGUACAGAUGGCGAGCAUCGAACGGCGAACUGAUGACAGGUCAGAGCUGAAAUCCAGGUGGUUCAAUCUGAUUGGAGAUGAGAGCAGACCCUACGCCGGGAGAAUACACGUGCGAGUAUGCCUGGAGGGCGGCUACCACGUGCUGGACGAAGCUGCUCACGUGACCAGCGACGUCCGGGCGGCGGCGAAGCAGCUGGCCAAAGCCCCAAUCGGAUUGCUGGAAGUGGGGAUCCGCGGCGCCACCAAUCUGCUGCCGAUGAAGACCAAGGACGGGACACGUGGCACCAUGGACGCUUACGUGGUGGCCAAAUACGGGCCGAAGUGGGUCCGGACCCGCACGAUCCUGGACCGGUUCAAUCCACGCUGGAACGAGCAGUACACGUGGGACGUGUACGAUCCCUGCACCGUUCUGACGAUCGGGGUCUUCGACAACGGAAGGUACAGGCGCGACGAAUCGGGCAAACCUGGUAAGGACGUGCGGGUCGGGAAGCUACGGGUCCGGCUGUCCACGCUGGACACGAAUCGGGUGUACGUAGGUUCAUAUUCCCUUGCGGUGAUCCUCCCCGGCGGGGCCAGGAAGACAGGCGAGAUCGAGAUCUCCGUAAGAUUCUCCUGCUCGUCGUGGCUCAGCCUCAUCCAGGCGUAUGCGAGCCCCAUGCUGCCCAGAAUGCACUACGUGCGCCCGCUGGGCCCUGCCCAGCAGGACAUCCUGCGGCACACAGCGAUGCGGAUCGUGACGACCCGGCUCGCUCGGUCCGAACCUGCUUUGGGCCAGGAGGUGGUUCAGUUCAUGCUGGACUCCGACACCCACAUGUGGAGCAUGCGGCGGAGCAAAGCGAACUGGUUCCGGGUCGUGGGCUCCCUAUCAAAAGCCGCCACGUUGGCUAAGUGGGUAGACGGGAUCCGGACCUGGGUGCACCCGCCGACGACGAUUCUUGUCCACGCUCUGCUCGUGGCAAUCGUGCUCUGCCCCCAUCUAAUCCUCCCCACCAUGCUAAUGUACGCUUUCCUGAUCGUAGGGCUGAGAUUUCGCUACCGCCCUCGGAUUCCGGUUACGAUGGACACGAGAUUAUCGUGCGUCGACGCCGUUGGUCCGGAUGAAUACGACGAGGAGUUUGAUGGGUUUCCGACCACACGAUCGCUGGAGCAGGUCCGGGUCAGGUACGACCGGUUGAGGGCGCUGGCAGGUCGAGCUCAGACACUGCUAGGUGACGUGGCGGCGCAGGGAGAAAGGUUGGAGGCGCUGUUGAAUUGGCGGGACCCACGUGCGACAGGAUUGUUUGCAAUGGCGUGCCUUGUAGCUUCGUUGCUGUUGUACGUGGUACCCUUCAAGGCCAUCGUAUUAGGGUCGGGUUUCUACUAUCUCCGGCACCCGCGAUUCCGGGAUGACAUGCCGUCGUUGCCGAUGAACUUUUUCCGGAGACUGCCGUCGCUGUCCGACCAAAUACUGUGAAUGGGGUGGCGGCGGGUGGAGUAGCCGUUAGGUAGGGUGGUGGGUGUAGCACUAUAGGUAAUAAGCAUUCAAUUGAAUUUAUUAUUAUUGUUUAAUUGAUUGGAGGGUCGUUUUGGGGGGAAAGUUUGGUGGGUGGGGACUGGCAGCGGAGGAGAGAGCCUUCGCCUUGAAUUAAGGAAAGGUGAGCGGUGACCGUUGGGUCGUGUGGGGCCAUUCAUGUAUUUACUUUGAGUACAUCGUUUUCCUACAAAGCUGCUUCUGGAUGAAUUGAAUGGAACGGAACAUUCUUUUGUUGAGAUGAAAAGUUACCGUUUGAUGAAUGGUGUGAUGGUUACGCAAUUUGGAUCGGGAAAAGGCGUCUCUUCCCGGAAAUCCUAUCAAUAAUAGUUCAAAAGGCUUUGCUUCUUUCAUUUCGUGAC